UUAAAGGUCUGCCCGGAAGUGGAACUUUUUCAUUGUUUUCCAAAUCGACGGCAAGAGGCUGGCAGGCUGGUGGCUGGUGGCCGGGCGGCGUUCCCAGCAUCUUCCCAAAGACAGAAAUUCUAGUUCUGCUUUCGGCUGCGCCCAUUAACUCGGCAUCGCGGUGUAUAGGGUCGGGUCCAAAACAAAAUGUCCGAAAUGUCUCUCCUUUUGACGUCUCAAGUCCUUCGCGAGCAGCUGAGCGUCAUCAUGGCGGCGUUGAGCAAGGCAGCCGUGCUCGACAUCUGCGAGCUGCUCGAGCGAGGCUUGACCGGCCUCAGAGAAGAAGUCAGCCGCAGCCAGCAGGAGAACCGAGAGCUCCGGAGCAGACUCAGCCUAAUCGAGUCCGUCGUGGUCCGCGGAAGCCUCGGCGGCGGCCCGCGGAAGGACGCCCUGGAGGAACCGGAAGGACAGCGGGACGGCGGAGGGACUCCUCUCCCUGAUGUGGUCCUGAUCAAAGAUGAAGACUCAGAUUGUGAGAAAGAUGCGAUGUCGGCGUUCGCUGUGGAGGACAGUACGGAGGAAAUCGCUGCGCCGUCGCCCGCCCGGCGAAGGAAGCGAAAGGGGCUAGACAAGGACUCGGACAGGAAGUCCAGCCCCGCGGGGGUGCACAACAUGGCUACCGUGUACUCGUUGGACUCCGCACAACUGGCUGUGGAUAACGUUGCGGUGGGAGCGUCAGAAGCUGACGUCCAUCUUGUGGAGGGCGAUGUUCAGCUGCCCGCUGACCAGCUGCCUUAUUUCCCCAGCAUGUCUCUGAUGGAACCUCACCUGUCCGAAAACGUCGGCAACUCUUGGAGCGAGCCGACGUCCGAUCAAGUCUCCUACACUCACUUCGAGCACGAUGAGCCCGGCGGCGCCUUCGGGCUCAAGAUGGUCAGCGUGUCGGGCUCGGCGCCCCCCGACUGUGACGUUGCCGCCUUCCAGUACCGAGACGGCGAGGCGGCAGCGCCGGACAGAGGGCGGCGCCACGUUUGCCGCGUGUGCAACAAGACGUUCGCUACGGUGCAGAGCCGCGACGUGCACAUGCGCAUCCACACGGGCGAGAGGCCCUUCGGUUGCCAGCAGUGUGGAAAGCGUUUCACGCAAUCGGCGCACCUCAAGUCGCACCAGAACAUCCACACGGGCGCGCGGCCCUACGCCUGCACGCUGUGCCCGCGCACCUUCCUCGCCCAUCACCCUCUCAACAUGCACCUCAAAAAGUGUCACACCAACACGUGAAAGCCAUCACAUAUUAUAUCAGCAUUACUGUUAUUAUAAAACACACACCAUCAUUAUUGUUUAAACAAUAAAUAUAUAUGGACGUAAAAUGAGGGGUACCAGAGGUCAGAGUUCUGCAAAUUCAGGGUUGGAAAGUCCCCAGAAUUUUCAAAGUUGUAAACAUUACAUGAGAAUUAACAGCAAUUUAUGGGAACACACCAGCCAUUUACCAAAUUGAACACAGAAUAUUGUGUUCUGCAGCAAGAUAAGCAAAAGUAGACUAUUCUUUCACCAGGAUUUUGUUUUUCUAGUGUUUUCCAUUGUUCAAUCAGCAACAGGGGUUGGUUUCACCAAACGCACCGGUUUCCGACCAAGCGGAGAAAAACAGCUUUUGGUCAAAAGAAACAUUUGGAGCAGAACAGUGACUUUGACGCUAAAAAUGUUUCCUUUUUGUAACAACUCAAACUAUAAAACAACGAAUAGCAGACUUAGAAAGGGCUUUUGAUGGCCAAAUGGUUCUUUAUUUACAGAUGUACAACUAAGAAAUGUGCCGUGAGCGAUGCCGACUCACUGCAUGGCUCGAGUUGAAUGUCAAUGGAUUUUUUUUUUUUACAAAGUUUCCUCAUUUAGAUUAUUUCCUCCAGUUUAAAUUUCCUUGGAAAUUUACUGGAAAUAUUUGACCCUUUUGUAACCUUAGCAUCCUGUUGGCGUCCUUUUAUUUGCUUGUGUUCAUGCCACACAACUGUAUCAUCAUGUGUGUCACAUUUCUUCCUACCUUUUUAAUUAAUUGUAUAAGCAAGAGACAGGAAAUGGACUCACAACCCUAAAAUUAAAAGUGCACCUUUCUGAAUAAUAGCUGAUAUGUUGUACAAAUAUAGGUAAAUAUAACUUCAAAUGCUGUUUUUUUAAAUGUUGAUUUCAUUUAUUAAGGAAAUAAUAAAUCAAAGUUACCUG